GUGACGUCAUCACGCACGGCGCGUCCGCGGUGUCUCCGGUGAGGAAGUGGAGCAGAAUGAAAGUAAAUAAGUUGUCCCUCCGCUUGUGAAGUGUCGCCAGCGAGUCGAGCUCAGAGCGGAGCCGGACGAUGCCUCAUGGAGACGCGUCAGAGGACAAGGCCGAGAGCGAGCAGCACCGGCCGCUCAUGCUGGAAAGAGUGGAGGAAGGAACAUCUCCCGGCUGUUGGACUGCGGCGUCGCGGCGGCUGAAGAAGCACUGCUCCUGCUCGCCACAGAAGGUCAAGGCCAAGAUCCUGGACUUCCUUCCCAUCCUAAAAUGGCUGCCACACUACCAGCUGAAAGACUGGAUCCUGGGCGACGUCAUGUCCGGACUCAUUGUGGGAGUCCUGUUGGUCCCGCAGUCCAUCGCCUACGCCUUGCUGGCUGGUCAGGACCCCAUCUAUGGGCUCUACACCUCCUUCUUCUCCUCCAUCAUCUACACCAUCCUCGGCACCUCCAGGCACAUCUCUGUGGGCAUUUUUGGGGUUCUGUGCCUGCUGGUGGGCCAGGUGGUGGACAGGGAGCUGGCGUUGGCAGGGUACCUCGCAGAGGACUUCAACACCAACAACAGCGCCGCCCUCCUGGCAGCUCAUGGGAACGGCAGCGCGGUGGCGCAGUGUGACCGGAGCUGCUACGCCAUCGCCGUGGGGGCGACGGUCACGUUCACCGCUGGGAUUUACCAGGUGCUGAUGGCUGUUUUCCAGGUGGGCUUCAUCUCAGUCUACUUGUCCAACCCCCUCCUCAGCGGCUUCGCCACCGGAGCCUCCCUGACCAUCCUCACCUCCCAGGUCAAGUACCUCCUGGGCCUGAAGCUCCGCAGGCCCCAGGGCUGGUUCACGCUGAUCAAGACCUGGUUGGGUCUGCUGGCCAACGUGGGCCAGACCAACCUGUGCGACCUGCUGACCAGCCUGGUGUGUCUGCUGCUGCUGGUGCCCACCAAGGAGCUCAACUACCGCUUCAAGGCCAAGUUGAAGGCUCCAAUCCCCUUUGAGCUCUUUGUGGUCAUAAUCGCCACACUGGCGUCUCAUUUCGGCCGUUUCCACGUGGAGUACGGCUCAGAGGUGGCCGGGGAGAUCCCCACGGGCUUCCUGCCGCCGCAGAUGCCGUCGUGGUCCCUCAUCCCCAACGUGGCGGUGGACGCCUUCUCCAUGGCGCUGGUGGGCUUCGCCAUCACGGUGUCGCUGUCGGAGAUGUUCGCCAAGAAGCACGGCUACCAAGUGGACGCCAACCAGGAGUUGUACGCCAUCGGCUUCUGCAACCUCCUGCCGUCGUUCUUCAGCUGCUUCACCAGCAGCGCCGCCCUGACCAAAACGCUGGUCAAGGAGUCGACGGGCUGCCAGACGCAGGUGUCCGGGCUGGUCAGCGCCGUGGUCCUGCUGCUGGUGCUGCUGGUCAUUGCGCCGCUCUUCUAUUCCCUCCAGAAGUGCGUGCUCGCCGUCAUCAUCGUGGUCAACCUCCGCGGCGCUCUGCGGAAGUUCGCCGAGGUGCCUGGCAUGUGGCGCGCCAACCGGGUGGACGCCUCCAUCUGGUUGAUCACCAUGGCGACCUCGGCGCUGGUCAACACGGAGAUGGGUCUCCUGGUGGGGGUGCUGGUGUCCGCCUUCAGCGUCCUGGUGCGAACCCAGCGCGCGCAGGUGCUGGAGCUGGGCCGCGCCCCCGGCAGGGACCACUACGAGGCCCUGGCCUCGUACCAAGGCCUGCACACUCACCCGGGAGUGGCCGUGGUCAGAUACCCCGCCCCCGUUUACUACGCCAACCAGACUCUGUUCAGGAAGUCUUUGUACCGCCGCGUGGGGCUGGACCCCGUGGAGGAGAAGACUCGCCGCGUCAAGCUUGAGAAGAAGUCCAAAGACAAGGAAGGAGUCCAGGACGCUUUGCGCUUGGAAGACGGCGAAAGUGCCGCCAGUGUCACUUUGAGGCUGGACAAGAAAUCUCAGAGCGCUUUACGAGGAUUAGUGCUGGACUGCAGCGCCAUCUUGUUCCUCGACGGCGUCGGUGUCAACACCCUGAAGGAACUACGCAAGGAUUACGCCGAGCUCGGGGUCACGGUGGUCCUGGCUCAGUGCAACACCGCCGUCCUGGACGCUCUUCAGCGAGGGGGAUACAUCCCGGAGAGGGACGACGGGGUGGUUUUCUUCACCAUCGCAGACGCCGUCCAUCACGUGCAGCACGCGUCCACGCCAAAUGGCGACGCCGGAAACUGAGGUUUACUGAUGAUGUGUUUACAAAUGCUGAGGCAGUUACUGAAAGUGGCAAAUUAUUCACCAACGUUAUUCUUUUACAAUCACAAAUAAGUCCUGGUUCAAAGUCAAAAAUACUUUUUUAAAAUUCUACAUAUGCAGUAACUAUUUUUGCAAUACUUUUUAUAUGCACCUUUUGUAUGGGAGGUUGUUUUCAAAAAACUGGAACAUGUCAUUUCCGUAGAAAAAUUUACAGAAAUGCUGAAGAGCCAAAGUCGAAUAUAAAUGCUAACAGUCAAGUAACAAACAUGAGGAAAAAAGAAGCUAGCAUGCUAGUGUUAGCAUGCUAGCUUCUUUUGCCAUUGUGCCGGGCCCCAAAUGUACGUUGGUAAACCUCACUCCCUGACAGCCUUAAGAACAGCGCAAGUUAUCGGGUUGCUAGCCAAGGCUUUUAGCUCAAGAGCAAGCACGCUCAUUGCUGAUGCCGGACGAACAGAAAAGCAGGGACUGAACCGGGCGGGUUACAACGGUGCCGUGACCCGGACCAGAGUGAGGUUUCAGGGGGUGAGUGUAACGAAUGCCAGCCAGUGUUCCAGGCCCAAAUGUACGUUGGUACACCUCACACUCUGACAACCUUAAGAGCAGUGCAAGUUACCGAGUUGCUAGCUCAGGCUUUUAGCUCUGUACCUAGCACGCUCCUUUUUCAUGCCGGACGACCCAGGUUUAGUCACCGGCGGAACUUAAAAAGCAGGGUGCUGUGACCCGGACCAGAGUGAGGUUUUAGGGGGUGAGUGUAACGAAUGCCAGCCAGUGAGUCCGGUCCAAAUGUACGUCUGUAAACAUCACUCACUUAAGAGCAGUCCAAGUUACCAGGUUGCUAGCCCAGGCUUUUAGCUCGUCUCCGAUGCCGGACGAACCAAGGUUUAGUCCCGGGCGGAAGAGAAAAGCAAGGACUGAACUGGGUGGGUUACAACGGUGCCGUGACCUGGACCAGAGUGAGGUUUUAGGGGGUGAGUUUAACGAAUGCCAGCCAGUGUUCCAGGCCCAAAUGUACGUUGGUAAACCUCACUCCUUGACAACCUUCAGAGCAGUGCAAGUUACCGGGUUUCUAGCCCAGGGUUUUAGCUUAAUAGGUAUGCGUGCUUAUUUCUGAUGCCGGACGAACAGAAAAGCAGGGACUGAACCGGGUGGGUUACAACGGUGCCGUGACCCGGACCAGAGUGAGGUUUUAGGGGGUGAGUAUAGCGAAUGCCAGCUAGUGAGCCCGGCCCAAAUGUACGUUGGUAAACAUCACUCACUUAAGAGCAGUCCAAGUUACCAGGUUGCUAGCCCAGGCUUUUAGCUCGGCAGCUAGCACGCUCGUCUCCGAUGCCGGACGAACCAAGGUUUAGUCCCGGGCGGAAUAGAAAAGCAAGGACUGAACUG